AUGGCCUUCUUCAGUAGCUUGCUUGGUCUCACUGGUAUUGCCAGCGGAAUGAGCCUCUUUGUAUACCUGAACUCCUCUGCUCGUCAGUAUAUCACCGAGGUUGCUCCUCGGCUAGAAUGGUACAUGAAUCAAAUGGACAGCAUCGUCUGUGAAUGGAAAAAGAGGGUUGGAACUCUUGAACUGCCAGCAAUAUCGUCAAUUAGUUUUUUUGGUAGCAAAUCUGACGUGCCCUCGAGCGAUGUCGAUAUCGGUCCCACUUUUCCAUCGGUAUCUGAUGUUAUUCGUCAGGCAACUGAGAUCUCUGAAUCCAUUCAAGAUUCGGAGGGUCACAUUCACACUGCCAUAAGGAAUACGGAAAAGGCAGUUAAUGAUGCUCUUGUGGAUCUUCGGGCUCUGCAAAACAUCACAAGACGUCAACUAAACCAGCACCAGAACGGACUGAAUAAACCUAACCUUCCAGGAUGUAUUAACAACAGGUUAAGAGUGGCCGAGCGCAAGGCCAAGGAAAGCCACCAAAAUGCUCAAAACCAGCUUGCUCAUUUACGGGCACUACUUGAUUCAGCCAAAUCGAAUGUAUCAGAGCAAGAAAAGGAAUUUGUGAGAGCAGCCAUUGCUCGCUAUGGAGAUCUUGCCUACGACCUUUCUGGAUUAGUAACGGAGGUUCGCCGACUUCAGAACCAAAGUUCUGCCGUCAUGAACCUCACGAAGGCUGAUAAUGAGGAUAAGGCCAAGCUGCAUGAUGAAAUCAACUCGAUAUUACCAAAAGCUCUCUCGCAAAAACCUUUUCUCAAGGACGAUGGAUCUGAGAUGACAAUUGAUGAAUUGAAUUCUCUGCUGGCCAUGUCGCUUGAGCGGAUUGGUAAGUUGCAGGAGAGCUUGGAAGCCAGUAGUGCCUCUGCCAAGAGACACAUCACAAUGGCCCUCCAGAAGUACAAGAAUGAGGCUGAUAUUAUUACUCAGGAAGUUGUGGAUAGGGCAAUUUUUCGCGAACAAAUUAAACGUGAACUGGAGCGCUUUGAAUGGGAGAAGCAGGCGCGUGCUAACACGGAACAUGAGUUGAACGCGGCGUUGGCACGCCAUGGUCAUCACUUGGCUUAUAUGCUGCGCCUUAAGCAGGAAGAGAUGGAACAUCAAUUCGACCAUCGUCUCAGCGAGGCGCUUGCCGAACAGAAGAUGGCCAUCGAAGGAGAAAUUCAUCGCUGGACUCGUCGAAUGGAGGCCAUCGAAAAUGUGGUCGACGGCCGUGCUAACAUCGACCGCAUCGCUAAGGAGACGCAAGCCCUCUGGCUGGCUGUAGAGACCCUUGCUUUUGCUCUGGAGAUGCCAUUCUCCAAGAUCGGGUCUUCGGGUACUCUGGGACGCCAGUCUAGAGAAUUCAAGCCGUUCUACGUAAGCGAACCCCUUGGGAGCUAUGUGGACGCCGUUAAGGAGAGCGCAGGUGGGGGUCACGAAUUCGCUAGCGUGGUUGUUGAGAGUCUACCGAGAGAGGCGCUUACUGAUGGGGUGUGGACGCGCCAGGGUCUUCUUCAACGUUUUAAUCAAGUCUACAAGACGGCGUGUAACGUAGCGUUGGUAGGCGAGACAGGAGGAUCAUUGUGGAGCUACGCGAUGUCGUGGUUGCAGGCGCGUCUCCUCUUUGAUGGACUGGGUCGUCGGCGGGUUUUGGCGCGUCUGCCUGGCGUGGGACCGACUCUUCUCACGCCAGAGAGCGAGUGGCCUAUAGGAUCGGAGGGGAACGCGGAGCCGGACGCCUUCUGUCUGUUGGCCAGCGCACGUGCCGCCCUAAUGCCCGAGGCGGACACUGCGGUGAACGUUGAUCCUACCAACUGCGCUGAUAUCGAGUUUGCAGUGCGACUCCUCUCUCAGCUCCGGGGUCAGCCUGCAGCCGUCGCCGCAGACUGGAUACACGACGCACGAUGCUUUCUUGAAGUGCAUCAGGCUAUUCAAGCCCUCCUCGCCUAUGCCACAGCACAAAACUUCUCUGCUUUUGAGGAAAGGCUUUAA